CUUCUGCUACUACUCGAUAUUGAUUGGUCCUUUUUUGCAACUUCCUCCGGAAAUCAGCUGUUUUACGUCAAAAUCAUCAACCGAACGAAGGGAGAUUAUUGUAUAUAUGUACAAUUGUUGCAAAAUAGAGAAAUAAUAUUUAAAAUUUUGUCAAUUAAAUAAAAAAUGUCAAGUGUUAAUUUUAUAAAAACAAUAUUAAAAUUGUGUCCAAAAUAUAUUGAUAGAAUUUGUAUGCAAAAAUAUUUUUGCAAUACAAAAAAAUUCAAUAUCAAUGAAACAAUGUAUUAUUAUUAUUGUAAUAAUUUGUCAUUAAAUUUUAAUGAAAAGAAAAAUUUUAACAAUAAUAAUAAUAAUAGUUGUCAUCAAUCGAGAAUUAAUAAAAAAUCGUAUUUUCUUUUCGGUGGAAUUUAUACACUUUUUGGUUUAUUUAAAGAAAAAGAAGAUAAAGAAGAGGAUCCUGAAUAUAUUACAGCAAUGAAACGCUCAAUUUUAGCGAUGCAGAGAGGAGAAUUCAAGAAAGCUGAACAAAUGUUACAUCUUGCACUUCAUAUGGCACAAACAAUUGAACAUUUUAAAGCAAUUACAUAUAUUUUUGAUUUAAUGGCAAAUCUUGCAUUUGAAAUGGGCGAAUAUGAGAAGGCAGAAAAAUUAUUUGUCACUGUAAUGCAACGUUUAAUUUCCACUGGAACAUUGGAAAAUGAUUUAAAAAUUGUUCACAUGAGUUUGAAACUUGCAAAAAUUUAUGAAGCUAACGGCCAUUUACAAAAGGCUGAGAAUGGUUAUAAAUUUUGUAUAAAUGCAUUGAAACAAAAUUCAAAUGAUGAGGAAACAAAAUUUUUUUGGCUAAUGACUUAUGAUUAUUAUGGACAUUUAUUAAUAGAACAAUCAAAAGAAUUGGAGGCUUAUAAAAUGCUUAUUGAGGCAUAUGAAUUGUCAAUUCAAAUUAAUGGUUUGGAACAUGAGCAAACAAUAACAAUUCUCAAUGAUCUUGGAAUACUUGAUUGUAGACAAGGAAAUUAUAAAUUGUCAAUUCAACGAUUGAAUCAAGCACUCGAAGCCGGAAAAAAACUCGAGGAAUUGGAUUUGAGUCCAAUGCAUAUUAAUUUAGGUUUUACAUAUAUUAAACAAGGUCUUUAUACAGAGGCAAAAAAAUCAUGUAAAGAUGGUCAAAUAUUAGCGAAAAUACAAGAAAAUCAAGAAUCACUUAAUGAGGCAAAUGUGUGUUUAGACGAAAUUAAAAAAUUGUCAACACAUAAAAAAUGAUGAAAAAU